GGCGUAUGCGCAUGCGAUGGCGUAACAGCUGCCGCAGUCUUGUUGGUUGAUGACAUCGUCCCUGCCGAGCUCGCCCUCCCAGCUGAAACUCGCCGGCAGCUCGUGCUGGCCGCCUCGCGUCUCUGUCGUGGGUGGUGUCGAGGUGGCGGCCAACGGGCAGGGGAAGUUGCUGGCGAAGAGAGCACGCGACUGCAGGAAGGACACCCCACCGCUUCGCCGCAGCACGGAGCCAAUGGUGAGUCGGCGGCCGGGUUUGCCGGCGAAGCGCACGGCAGACGAGGACGGGAUGACGUCAUCAGUGGGCGGGUGGUGGUGGUACCUCACGAAGAUUGGCCGGCGGGAGGCACACACGCCGGUGUCGAUUGCUGUCGUUGUUGUUGUGGGCGUGUUGGCGUCGCCCUCAUUGUCUGGUUGUGUGCUGUCGGCUGAGGGGGCAAUGUGGCGCACAUAGUUUGUGGUGCGAGGUGGGCGGGGAGUGCGGCUGCUGAGCUUGGACCCGACGAAGCAGCCAUACUCAGACGCGUCACUGUGCCAGCCGAUCUGUGCAAUAACACAAACACACAACACACAACACACACAAGUCGUGUUUGUGUGUGUGUGUGUGUGUGUGUGUGCUCGUGUUGCAUGUGUGACCUGUGUCCUGUGGCAGUGGGAGACGUAGCACUGAGUUCUGCCGUGAUUGUCCUCACCUGUGAGAUGGAAACACACACAUGGGAGAUGCACGUGUGUGCCAACGGCCGGCUGGUUGGCUGGUUGGGUACCUUGUCCGUUGUGCGGCGGAGGGCAGUUGGCUUCAGACGUGGGUGCAUAGUGGCUGAAGGCGAAGAGCACUCGGCCAUUGUCGAGGCGCACCUCAAAACCCUGAUAAACAACAUCCACGGAGACAUGCAAACAUACGGCCAUCCAUUCAUCCAUCGAUUCAUUCGGCUGACCUCGUCGUACACCAUUGUCCAUCUGCCGAUGUCACCGCUCGUCCUGUCGCCAUCCCUCACCACCAGCCGCUUCCAGUCCUCACGGCCGCUCGUUCCGUCAGCCGCCUCGUCUGUUGUGAGCUGUACAGUGAUGCACUCACCCACGCCGCCACGGUUAGCCUCGAGCCACGACGAGUAAUUCUGCACACGCACAGAGGAGAGAAUAGGCUAGCAAGUGCAUGUCUCUGGUCCUCUCAUUCAUAUGCUGACUCACCGACAGCCGCAGAUUGCCCAGAUUGGUGUUGGGAGUCUGCACACAGAAAGCAUGCGGCACUGUGUCUCUCUCAUUGGCGCAUCCUCUCAGACUGACAGUCAUUCACUCACGUCGCUCCCACAGCGAGGCAGUUGGACGUCUCUGUCUCUGUCAAGGCAGAACCGCCAGAUACCAGCGACGUCGCUGGUCAGGCAGUGGACAGGCAAGUCAGAUCUGACGUCGCGAAUCAGAGCCAAGAGGACGAUGAGAGCCAACAGGAGGCCCUUCAUGGUCAUCUCGGAGGCGUGCUGCUUCUUGCAAUUGCAACCCAGGCGAACAGCAAUGACCGGCAGUGAGGAGUCUUAAGCAAUCUGCAAUGACGAGCGAACACAGACAUGUGUGUACACAUCGAUCAUGCGUGUACACACAAACACAAACAUUUCGUUCAUUCGUUCGUUCAUUUAGCUUCUCUGCAAUGUCUUCAUUAUUCACCUGUCAGUGACAGUGUUCGGCGUCGGCACAGCCAUCAAUGACAUCAUCUGUGCGUCACUAUCUGUGCGUCACUCUGACUGUCAACCCUCCGCAGCUUUGCAAUGGAGAGUGGCUGGGGGUGUCAAUCACUUCAUCCGAGCAGGACGUUGGUGCGAUUCAUGGCCUGCCAUCGGGGGGGGAGGGAG